AUGAACAGAUGUGGGAUGGAGGAUGCUGGUUUCAUAGGCUCUACCUAUACUUGGUGUAAUAACAGAAGACCAAGCAAAAGGAUAUGGAAGAGGUUGGACAAAGUGUCGUUUAAUGAUAGUUGGCUUCACAAAUUCCAAAACAGCGUGGUUAGGCAUUUAAGUAGGACAGGGUCCGACCAUAGACCUCUACUAUUUAAAUGCUAUGAUGAUAUGAAUGAGGGUAUUAAAUAUUUUAGAUUCCUGAAUUUUUGGAGUGAUCAACCGGGUUUCUAUGAUAUAGUAAAGAAGGAAUGGGAAAUUCAUAUUAAGGGGAACCCAAUGUGGAUUCUACAACAAAAGUUGAAGAACUUAGGAAGGCAGCUUAGUAUCUGGUCGAAAGAAGUCAUUGGUGAUGUUUUCCAAAAGAUGGUGGAAUGGGAGGAAACUGUCCAGAGAUUAGAAGAUAUGGACACACUUGACAAUACCGAAGAAACCAGGGCUGAGUUAAAUAAGGGACAGGCAGAAUAUGUCACUUGGAUGGCUAUGCAGGAGUCUCUUCUUAAACAACAAGCUCAAAUAAAGUGGUACGAAGAAGGAGACGCCAACACAAGAUACUUUCAUAAUAUCAUAAAAGAUAGAAGGAGAAGGCUACAUCUUCAUAGAAUCCAAAAUCAUAGAGGGAAGUGGAUUCAGAACGAAGGUAAAAUUGGCAAAACUGUUGUCAAACAUUUUAAAAAUCUUUUCAAUUUGCCAGAGCCUACAGUGGACGAAACCGUGGUUUCCUGUAUUACCAAAUGCAUUUCUGAAGAGGAUAACUUUUUUACCGUCUAA